AUGUCUUUAGAUGCAUACGCUAUCUUGGAUGCCUUCUCCGAUAUUAAAGGUCGCACCGAUGAGUUUAUUGUUACCAACAAUCUUGACACCUACUCUGCUGAGUUCCUCCCGAGGUCCGAGGAGAUCGCGAUUGCAAUCUUUUGCAAUGCCUUUGAAGAGCUGGGCUGUUCAAUCCGAUCGGCAACAUCUGGAUCGAAGCUUGAACGUGUCCAGCCUGUCGCAGAGCACAAGAAGCUGGUAGACCAUAUAUAUCGCAUCUUGGAGAAUAGAGCUGGAUUGAUCGCAGACGACGGCAAGCUCGUCACUCGCACCUCUAGGCCCUGUCCUGACAGAAACAUCGAUUCCCAAUUGGAAAGUCUCCUACGUGAUAGAGCUGCCCAGGAUGCGGAGAUCAAGCUCAUGCGAGCAGUUGGGGGUAGCUACGGCAACUGUCUCGCCGGAAAGGUCGAUGCGGUGCAGCUGCUCUUUCAGUCCGCCGAAAGCCGGUUGCUCCUAGAUAAGCUCUAUGCUACUUCCGACGCGACAAGCAGCCUCCUGCAGCCGCUAAAAGCUUUCAUCGAAGAGGUAGCCAGCGGCUGGUCGGCUUCAGGCGAGCCUUUGCGAGUCCUUGAAAUCGGAGCUGGAACAGGAGGAACCACCUCGGUACUGUUACCGGCUCUGGCUCGGCUUGGCGUUCCCACGGUUUACACCAUGACAGAUAUCAGUCCGAGCUUGGUGACACAAGCUUCCUCAACUUUCAAGCAAUACCCGUUCCUGGAAUACAAAGUCGUCGAUAUCGAGAGAGAACCACCGCUGGAGCUGCAAAGCAGCCAACACAUCGUCCUCGGCUCCAACGUCGUCCAUGCAACAACAGACGUCCCAUCCUCGUUAAAGAACAUUCACAAGAUGCUGCGUCCGGAUGGAUUCCUCAUCUUUCACGAGUUGACAACGCAAAUGCCAUGGGCUGACGUGGUUUUCGGUCUGUUCGAAGGCUGGUGGCGAUUCAACGAUGGGCGGCAGCACGCUUUGCAAUCACCCCAAGCUUGGGCAAACAUGUUAAAGUCUGCUGGGUACGGCCACGUAGACUGGACUGAUGGAUCCCGCCCAGAGGCAAAGCUGCAAAGUCUAAUCUUGGGGAUGGCUACUGAUGUAGAAUAG